AUGCUUCAUCUUGGUCGGCUUGGGGCUAUCGCUGCUCUUGCGGUGUUGACAGUUGCUGCUCCUUCUCGUUCUGUUCCUCGAGAUGUGUCGACUGAUGUGCUUGGUCAAUUGACCCUAUUCUCUCAGUGGGCUGCGGCGUCAUACUGCACGAACAAUGACAACUCAACCGGCGAUGCGCUAUCUUGCGAGGCAGGCAACUGUCCGUUAGUGGAGGCCGCUGACACAAUUUCUCUAUAUGAGUUUGAUGACUCGUCCAGCUAUGGCGAUGUCGCCGGCUUCCUCGCGGUCGACAAAACAAACAAGCUGAUUGUUGUCUCAUUCCGGGGUAGUCGCACACUAAAGACUUGGGUCGCGAACCUCAACUUUAUCUUUACCGAUGCCAGUAGUAUAUGCAGUGGCUGUGAAGCCCACAGAGGGUUUUUGGAAUCCUGGGAGACUGUUGCGGAUGAUCUGACAUCCAGGAUCAAGGCCGCACAGACAACCUACCCAGGCUACACUCUUGUCGUGACAGGCCACAGCUUUGGCGGAGCUCUUGCUGCAUUGGGAGGUACCAUACUUCGAAAUGCAGGAUAUGAACUAGACCUGUACACCUAUGGCCAGCCACGGGUGGGCAAUGCGGCUCUGGCUGAAUAUAUGACGAACCAGGGCAGUCUCUGGCGCGUCACACAUGAUAAUGACUUGGUGCCUAAGGUGCCGCCUUCACAUCUUGGUUUUAGUCACGCCAGUCCCGAGUACUGGAUUACGGUUGGCGACGAUACGACGGUGACCUCGUCCGAUAUUGAUGUUAUUGAAGGCGUAGGCUCGAAGGCUGGAAAUGCGGGGACGUUGGACCCAAGUAUUGAUAAUCAUUAUUGUGGGCCUCAGGGCCCCCGACGCCGUAGUCGGAUGAAAGCUAUCUUCCUUACUAUCUUCAUCGUCAUCGCCCUGUACCUUUUAUUCUUUUCGACAACGAAGUCCCCGGUGAAGACCGAAACAGGGAGCUAUGCGGAGAAACAUGGAUCUACAAAAUCAGACGAGCUGGCUCGUCCUGCUGUACCGAGACGCAAGGAAAUGGUCGUGGCUAGCAUGAAAAGUGAUGACACGUCAUGGCUGUCAGAAUACUUCCCCGACUGGACGAAAAGUAUCUACGUGGUGGAUGACAAGCACGCGCCCUUGACGGUGACGCGCAACAAAGGCCGGGAGUCAAUGGUGUAUUUGACAUACAUCAUCGACAAUUACAAUAAUCUACCCGACACAAUGCUCUUCAUCCACUCGAAACGCUACCAAUGGCACAACGACGACCCAUACUAUGACGGCAUUCCACCACUCCGAAACGUCCAGAUCCCAUACAUACAAGAGCAAGGAUACGUCAAUCUACGAUGCGUUUGGACCCUCGGAUGCCCAAUAGAAAUCCGUCCUCAUACCGACACGCAUCGCAGCAACGUACACGCCGGCGAAUACUUCAAGAAUGGAUUCAUGGAGCUAUUCCCUGGAAUCCCGAUCCCGGAGGAGGUAGGCGUGUCGUGCUGCGCGCAAUUUGGUCUUUCCCGCGCCAAGGUGCUGGAACGGCCGCGCAGUGACUAUGAGCGCUUUCGCACAUGGCUGGCGGAGACGCCGCUAGAGGACGAUUUGAGUGGACGGAUUAUGGAAUAUUCAUGGCAUAUGAUAUUUGGAAAGGACCCUGUGCAUUGCCCUAAUGCGAAGGAAUGCUACUGCAAAGUAUUUGGACUAUGUGAUCUGACCUGCCCAUGGGAAGGUGGCUGUGAUGAGCGCUAUUCCCUGCCACCAUUCUCCUCGCUGCCUAAGGGGUGGCCGGAGAUUGGAUGGAAGGGCCAAGCACAAGACACUUCACAUGGAUUGCCGGAAACUUGA